AUGCCAUCAUUGAAAAGAAAGCAUGGAGAAUUGGAAGAUGGCUAUUCAGAAAAAGAUCUUAAAACAGUACAUAGUAUCAACAAGUGGAAAUCUUCAAUAUCCUCUUCUAGUCAAAGACUUAGAUACAGAGUUUCAUCAGGUGUUAAUACUUCUUUAAGGCAAUCAUCAUUGAAUCUUUCUACUUCAUACAGGGGAGUAAGAGUGAAUGCAAAAAAAAAAGUUGAAAAAGACAAUAAAAAUAUCAUCAAAUCACUGAAGCAUCCAAAGAAUAUUAUUGACUCAAAGGUGAUAGAUGACAUGUUGUUUACUCCACUAUCAUAUGAAACAUUGAAACAAAACAUGAUAAGUUACUUUGGGACCAAAUGUCAGUUAGCAGAAGGUCGUCAGUUAAACAUUUUAGGCAGUAGAAUAUCUCCAGAAAAUAAAGUUGAAUACCUCGUUAAAUGGCUGUGA